AUAAAUCGCCUAAAUGUUAUUUUUUCCUUUUACUACAGAUGCUCAAAAUUGCAUGAAAUGCUCUAAAUAUGAAAAGUCAAAUUCUGGAAGAAACAGCUGCAUUCCAAGGAAUUUAAAUUACCUUUCCUAUGAAGAUCAACUGGGCGCUACUUUAUCCUUCAUCUCCAUAAUAUUAUCCAUCAUGUGUGCUGUAAUCCUGGGAAUCUUUAGAAAGUAUCGUCAGACUCCUAUAGUGAGAGCCAACAACCAAUAUCUCAGUUGUCUCCUCCUCAUCUCUCUCAUGUUGUGUUUCCUUUCCUCUUUAUUAUUUAUUGGGCGCCCCACACAGAUAUGUUGUAUCCUCCAACAAGUGAUCUUUGGGAUUGUGUUUACUAUUUCUCUUUCAUCUUUGUUGGCUAAAACUCUCACAGUUAUUAUUGCCUUCAAUGUCACAAAGCCUGGGAGCAAGCUGAAGAAGUAUAUAGGAACCCAACUGUCCAUCAUACUAAUCAUUGUAUGUUCUUUAGGUGAGACUGUGAUUUCUGCUGUGUGGUUGGCCUCCAAUCCCCCAUUUGCAGAGGCUGAUACUCUUUCUGAUCCAGACUAUAUAUUUCUGUUCUGUAAUGAGGGGUCUGGCAUCCUUUUCUUCUGUAUAAUUGGUUAUAUGGGAACCUUGGCCCUACUGAGUUUCAUUGCUGCAUUUCUAGCCAAGGAUUUCCCUGACCGAUUUAAUGAGGCUAAAAACAUCACUUUCAGUAUGUUGGUGUUCUGUAGCGUGUGGGUGACAUUUGUCCCUGCAUACCUGAGCAGUAAGGGGAGUAGAAUGGUGGCUGUGGAGAUAUUUGCCAUUUUAUCUUCCAGUGCUGGAUUGUUAGGCUGUAUAUUCAUUCCCAAAUGUUAUAUCAUUUUUCUAAAGCCUGAACUGAACACAAAAGACCCAAUUGUUAGAAAAUGAUAGAAUUAUACAGGAAUAAGAAUUUCAGAAAAACCUUGAGGAGGAAUAAAGUAGGGUACCCCUGGAACUAUAGCAGGGUGAUUGUCAUCCCAGUGACUUUCUAUAUAUCUGUAACCUUGUUAUGAGAUAAGGGGGCUCAAACUGAAAGCCACUUAGGGUAAGAUUUGUGGUGAGUGUUUAUUGUACCAAGACGACUCCAGUAACUAUACCUCAAUGUUUCUAUAUAUCUGUUACCUUCUUAUAAGCUAAGGGGCCCAGCCUGAAAAUCAGUUAAGGAGAGAUUUGGGAUGGAUAUAUAUUGGAACUGCAAAUAUAUCUGGGUGACUAUUACUCCAGUGUUUCUAUAUUUCCAUAACCAUGUCUUGAGCUUAAGCUUCCCAGCCUAAAGACAAGUUAUAGUUUGAUUUAACAUGAGGGCUUAUUUGCUGCACUGGGUAUCCCUGGAGCUAGAGGAGGGUAAUUGUCAUAAGAAAACAUUGACAUAGAUAUAACCUACACAAUGUGGUAAUAAUAAAAAAUCUGAAAAGUUCCUGUAACAGUCAGACACAAGCCUAUACAUUUUUAAGAGUAAGAUUGACCAAUCUUUGUGUAUGAGGUAAAAUCAACAGGGUAAAUUGAUAAUGACAGAGGAGAAAAUGAAAUCUUGACCCAACAAGCAAGUAAUGGAGGUCAUACUAUGUCUUCCAUACAAUUAUCUUCAAACUGGAGCACAUCAAACUCAGUCUACAGAUUGGCUGGCCUCUGUAGGUUGCAGUGAAUAAUCUGAUUGUUGGCCCAAUGUAUGAAAUAUGGGUGACUAAAUGGACCCAGAUCUGCUUGUUUACCUCACAUUGUACGACAUUGCAUGGUCAGCAGUUGCAUAACUACAGAGCAAGGGGUGGUCUGCUUCCUCUAAACAAGGAGCCUGGAGGGGUAGGUUUCCAGGUGACCAAUGGCAUAUGCCUCAUAUCACUAGCUUCUAAGCGCGGACCAAAUAGACACAAG